GCCCGCAGCCGCCACGUGGUGCAACCUCCUCCACUUCAACGGUCUAAAACAGUUGCUCAGCUUCGGUUGCUUGUCGUCCCUCUUCGUGGCCCCCCACCCUCCCUCCGAUCCCAUAGGAGAUCCCUUCGAAUCUUCUUGCUUCUUCUUCCAAAUCUUCGCUUCUCUUCUCCUUAUUACCCAACCUGAAACCCAACGAGAACACAAACGAAUACGAAGAAUGAGAGCUUUGAAUUCCCAUCUCGUGCUGAUUGACCUGCACAGCUCAUGGCACUCAGCGAACCAAGUCCCGACGUCAACCGUCGCGUACCUUAGGAACUCCAACUUCAUUUCCACAGUCUCUUCGUCAUUUCGUCGAACACGUCGCGCCCGUACCGGAAUCGCGUCGUCGUCGAAAUCGGAGGCCCCGGAAAUCCGGAAGCCGUCAGAUCGUUUCGUUUUGGGAAACGGAUCGCCGCAGAGUUCUCAGAAUUCGGCCUCGACGUCGCGUUCGGAGGUCGCUUCGGAGCUCGAGCUGUUCCUUGAGUUGCUGCCUGUGAGGAUGAAGAGAGAGCUUUGUGGGCACGAGGAGGUCAGGAAGCUGAUCGAGGUUGUGAUGGACUUGGGAAGGAAGCCUCUUGCGAGGUUUCCCUCGGGUGAUUGGGUGAUCUUAGAGGAGCCCGUGAAGCAUGAAGAUCUACGGCACGCGAUUUCCAAGGUUGGUGAAUUUUCAGACGACAACCGUUCAGGUAUUAAUAACUCUUUGCAUCGUAUAAGUGCCAUUCGGAAUCGCAAAAUGCAAAUCAUAGGCCUCACUUGCCGGGUUGGUCGAGCCGUAUCUGGAAGUGCCGCGAUUAUACGAGACUUGGUUGAGGGGGGACGUUCCAUCUUAGUAAUAGGACCUCCUGGGGUUGGCAAGACAACGUUAAUCAGAGAAAUUGCUAGAAUGUUGGCAGAUGAACACAUGAAGCGUGUUGUCAUUGUUGACACAUCUAAUGAGAUUGGAGGCGACGGAGAUGUCCCUCAUGCAGGAAUAGGUCGUGCAAGAAGGAUGCAAGUUCCUAACGUUCAUAUGCAGCAUAAUGUUAUGAUUGAAGCAGUUGAAAAUCAUAUGCCUGAAUCCAUUAUAAUUGAUGAAAUUGGAACUGAGCUUGAAGCACUGGCAGCCAGUACUAUUGCUCAAAGAGGAGUUCAAUUAGUUGGAACAGCACAUGGAGUGACAAUAGACAGCAUAAUAAAGAAUCCAUCUCUGCAGAUCCUUGUCGGUGGCAUAGAGAGUGUAACUCUCGGAGAUGAAGAAGCAAGGAAAAGGAAAGUGCAGAAGACAAUUCUUGAAAGGAAAGGACCUUCUACAUUUACAUGUGCUGUUGAGAUGAUAUCUAAAACUGAGUGUCGUGUUCAUCACAGUUUAGAUGCUGCAGUAGAUGCAAUAUUAGCAGGAAAAUCUCCUCUGUUUGAAGUUCGUUGCAUGGAUGUUGAUGCUAAUGAUUCUACUCUGAUACCUGAAAACAGCCAUAUAGAAAAAUAUGAUAUGACUGAUGGUAAAAACAUAAGUCCUGAUGUAGAGUCUGAUGAGGAAGAUUUUGUUCUUCCUCCCAGUUGGUCUAAAAAACAGAGCACUAGUAGAUCCACAAAGAAGAGGAGCUCAGCAGUGUGUGUCUAUACUUACAAGAUCCUUGAAGCUGAUCUACUACAAGUAGCAAAGGUGAUGGGGCGUGAUGAUGAAAUAGAUGUAACUAACGACAUUGGAACAGCAGAUGCAAUUCUGGCAUCCAGUUCUGAGAUGAAGCAGAACCCAUGGAUCCGCGGUGUAGCGAAAUUCCACCACUUGCCUGUAUUUGUUAUUAAGUCAAAUACCAUGGCACAGAUGGUCAAGGCAGUUCGCAUGAUUCUUGAAAUGGAAUCAUUUGGCCCAGUGUCAAAGCAGUCACUCACUAAUUCUUUUGACAUUGAAGUUGAAGAUGAUGCUCCAAAAAGAAAACCAUCGCUAGAAGAGAUUGAUGCCUUGGAGGAGGUCCGACUUGCAAUUGAGUAUAUUGUGAUUCCUGGCGGAGAGCCGGUGGAGCUCCUCCCUAGACGCUCUGAAAUAAUUGCCCGGCAGCUUGAACUUGUGGAAAGCUACCAGUUGGCUGCUGAGAACUCGGGUACCGAGCUGAAUCCCAGGCUGCAGAUUCUCCCCCCAAGGUUAAGCAAGAAAAACUUUUCUAAAUCCCAUAAAUCUAGUUCUAGUUUUGGAAAAGAAACGGACUCUACAUCACUAACUGGCAGAUCUGGGGGUACAAGUGUUACUAGGCUGCCUCUGUUGCCCGAAUAAUAUGACCACAUUUUCAAUUCUUGGUUGACAAGUGCGCCAUUUCAUGUAACUUCAUGUAAAUUAUGUAUCUCAUGUGGUGUAAUUGUUUAACUGUGUCAAAUAAGUAAUCCAAACUGCAUUCAUUUCUCAAAUAUGUAAUGCAAUUUGUAUUCAUUUCUUUUUAGUGAAAUGGUGAUCAUAAGAA